AUGUAUGGGCUGCCCAAGAUCCAUAAAAAUGACUGGCCCCUGAGACCCAUUGUUAGCCAGAUAGACUCACCCACCUACAAGGCGUCCCGUUUUUUGUCGAGUCUCCUGCAACCUCUAACUGGUAAUACGUUUAGCUUCGUACGAGACUCUACGCACUUUGUGCAAUUACUUGAGGGAGUUAUGUUGCAGGAAGAUGAGGUAAUGGUGAGCUUUGAUGUAACCUCCUUAUUUACUAAUGUACCGGUAGCGGAAACUAUAGAGUUGAUAAAACGAAUGGCCGAACACGACGACUCUCUCACCGAGUACAUGAAGAUGAUAGAGUUUUGCCUCACUAGUGGAUAUUUUGUGUGGCGGGGUGAAUACUACUUGCAGAUAGAAGGAGUCGCAAUGGGUUCUCCGAUAGCUCCAGUGGUGGCUAACCUUUUUAUGGAAAAUUUUGAGCAGAGAGCGUUGGAGAGCUGCCCACAUAAGCCUAGGCUAUGGUGGCGAUAUGUCGACGACGUGUUUGCCGUAGUGACAGGCAGAGAUCUAGACCCGUUACUUGCCCACCUGAACGCGCAGCAUCCCAAGAUUACGUUCACUAUAGAGAAAGAGUGUAAUGGGGCUCUACCUUUUCUGGAUGUCUUAGUGCAGCGGGACGAACGUGGCCUUUUGACUCAUAAGGUGCAUAGAAAGGCUACACACACCGACAGGUACCUGCAAGCUGACUCGCACCAUCACCCUGCGCAUUUGUCUUCGGUGCCACGCGCUCUCAUCAACAGGGCUUUACGGCUCUGUGACCCGCAGUACGUGCAAGGCGAGCUGCAGCAUGUAAGGCAGGUGUUAGAGAAGAAUGGGUACAGUUGGAGACAGAGUCAGCGGGCGGCAAGUGCGAGCACGUUACGGCGAACACAUACGGUCGAGAGAGCGCCUGUUUUCUUGCCUUUCAUUAAAGGGGUAACGGAUACCAUUGGACGCCUAUUACGCCGUAGGUUUAGCAUGAGGACAAUUUUCCGCCCCCACACAAAGGUAAGGCAGGUGCUGCGCUCUCCUAAAGAUAAGGACCCACUGGGUAGCCCGGGGUAUACGAGAUACCUUGUGACUGUGGUAGAGCGUAUGUCGGCGAGACUGGAAGGAAUGUCUCCGCGAGGUUGUCGGAACACAUACGAAGCGUGA